GAGGAAAUCCUCAGUGAAAUAAUUUUCAUUGAAGAAAUUAGUAAUUAUAUUGCAGAUUCGAUUGCCAGUUUAGAAAAUAAUGCAAUACUUUCAUCUACAUUUUAUGUUAAACUUGAUGAGGCUAUGCUAUGUGCUGUUGGAAUGAAUGUUGAAAUAAUGACCAAACUAAUUGUUGAUAAAAUUGAAGAAGAUGAUUUUAAAUGA